AUGGGUGUGGACUACUACAAGGUUCUUCAGGUCGAUCGCAGUGCUAAAGACGAUGACUUGAAGAAAGCCUACCGAAAACUCGCCAUGAAAUGGCACCCUGAUAAAAACCCUAAUAACAAGAAAGAUGCAGAAGCCAAGUUCAAAACCAUCUCUGAAGCCUAUGAUGCAUACGAGGCGAAUGAGGAAAUUACAAAUAUACACAAUGCAGAAACCGAUCAGGCGGAACUACUACUCGAAUCACAAAAAGAAAACCAUGAUCCAAGAGCCCAACUGGCCCGCCAACAGCAGAAGUUACUAAUGGUUCAAGCACAAUCUUUAGCAGCAGCAUCACCAACCCCUUCAACAAUAUCAUCGAUCUUAACAACCCCACCGACUUCAUGUCGACAAAAAGAACGAAAACCGAAAUCUUUCUUACCCAGAAACUGUUUCACACCAGAAUCCAAGGAAAAAGCACCCGAAGAAACCAUUAAAGAGCUUAAACAAACUAUAAAGAUGCUAGAGGCUGCUAUGGAGAAAUGA